AUGUCCGCAGACUUGAAGAGUCCUGUCAAGCACUUUGGCGUGCUCGUCUUCACUGGGUUUCAAGCGCUAGACGCCUUUGGCCCCCUCGAUAUCCUCAAUACACUCGCUGAAACGCAAGGCAUCACGCUUUCCGUGAUUGCAUACACACUUGAUCCAGUCACCACCAAGCCGCCUUCAAGUUUCUUGAAACUACCCGCGGGCUCUAACUUUGCAGAGUCGAUCGUGCCUACACACACGUUCGCCAAUCCGCCGAAAGAUCUCGACGUUCUAAUUGUCCCCGGCGGUUGGGGCACACGAGAGUCGACGCCAGAAUUACUGAGCGCGCUCGACUUCAUCAGGAGCACAUUCACGAACCUUGGUCAUCUUUUCACUGUUUGUACGGGCUCGUUACUGGCUGCUCGCGCUGGCGUAUUGGACGGGCGGAACGCCACCACCAACAAGAACGCGUUCGAGAGAGUCAAGGCCGGCCAUCCGAACGUCAAAUGGGUGCAGCGAGCGCGCUGGGUCCGCGAUGGAAACGUCUGGACGUCGUCUGGCGUCUCGGCAGGGCUAGACGGAAUGUUCGCAUUUGUUGCUGUCCACUGGGGCGAAGAGGUUGCGAAGGGUCUUGCGAACUCUCUAGAGUACGAACGGCAUACCGAUCCCAGCUGGGACCCGUUCGCAGAGAUAUUUGCGGGCCUCGUGGACUAA